GUCUCAGGCAGGCCCAGGGGUGACAUUGCCAUUCGGUAGAUGCUAGCUAGAUUCAAGGUUUCACAGCCGGGUCACACCCUCUCCUGACGUCAGCCAAGGCCGGGGCGCACGGAUUGAGCGUCAGACCAGUCACACACAGCAGACAGGAGCCGGAGAGCAGAGAACAUGGCUGCUGCAUCCUUGCUGCUGAGGGGAGCCCUGAGCCGGGGUCUGCUGCUGCUGAGAGCCCGAGCUGCGGCGCCUCUGACAGGGAGGAGCCUGAGCGGCUGUAUUUCCGGGUACCAUCCUGCUUCCGGGCUAUCCGUGUUUCCGUCUAGGUAUUACCAGUGUAACCCGAGUAUUACAUCAUGCCGGAGAUACACAACACAGACAGAGAACAAGGAGGAGGAGCCUGUUGUGCACACAAUCAUCGCUGACACUGAGAGUGUGCAAGGUUCUGCCUCUAAGCACGAGUUUCAGGCUGAAACCAAGAAGCUCCUGGACAUUGUCGCUCGUUCAUUAUACUCUGAGAAGGAGGUAUUUAUCCGGGAACUGAUCUCAAAUAGUAGUGAUGCCCUGGAGAAGCUCCGCCAUAAGCUCAUGCUGCAAGGGAGCGUUUUACCAGAGAUGGAGAUCCACUUACAGACAGACAGUGAGAAGGGCACCAUCACCAUCCAGGACACUGGCGUAGGGAUGACAGAGGAGGAGCUAAUCUCUAACCUGGGAACCAUUGCUCGCUCCGGGUCCAAGGCAUUCCUGGAUACCCUGCAGAGCCAGGCGGACACCUCUGGGAAGAUCAUAGGCCAGUUUGGUGUCGGCUUCUACUCCGCCUUCAUGGUUGCAGACAAGGUCGUGGUUUUCUCACAGUCUUCAGAGCCUGAGAGCACUGGUUACUGCUGGACUUCUGAUGGGUCCGGUGUCUUUGAAUUGGCAGAGGCCAGCGGUGUGAGACCGGGCACAAAAGUCGUUAUCCACCUUAAGGAAGACUGUAAAGAGUUUGCCAGUGAGGACAGAGUAAGAGAGGUGGUAACGAAGUACAGCAACUUCGUCAGCGCACCCCUUUACUUGAAUGGCAAGAGGAUUAAUACAUUGCAGGCUCUGUGGAUGAUGGAUCCCAAGGAGAUUGGGGAAUGGCAGCACGAGGAGUUCUACCGGUUCAUAGCCCAAGCCUACGACAAACCGCGCUACACUCUCCACUAUAAGGCAGACGCUCCUGUCAAUAUCCGCAGCAUCUUCUACGUGCCGGAGACGAAACCCUCGAUGUUUGAUGUGAGCCGGGAGCUGGGAUCCAGCGUUGCGCUUUACAGCCGCAAAGUCCUCAUCCAGACCAAAGCCACCGACAUUCUGCCAAAGUGGCUGCGCUUCCUGCGAGGCGUUGUGGACAGUGAGGAUAUCCCCCUCAAUCUGAGCCGCGAGUUACUACAGGAGAGCGCCUUGAUAAGGAAACUACGGGAUGUGCUGCAGAACCGACUCAUCAAAUUCUUCCUUGACCAGAGUAAGAAGGACCCUGAGAAGUACAGCAAGUUCUUCCAGGACUAUGGGCUCUUUAUCCGAGAAGGGAUAGUGACCACCGCAGAUCAGGAGGUCAAGGAGGACAUUGGGAAGUUGCUGCGGUUUGAAUCCUCAGCCCUACCUAUGGGUCAACAGACCAACCUGUCGGACUACGCCAGCCGCAUGCAAGCAGGAACACGCAACAUCUACUACCUGUGCGCACCCAACCGGCACCUUGCAGAACACAGCCCGUACUUUGAAGCCAUGAAGCAGAAGCACAUAGAGGUCCUGUUCUGCUACGAGCAGUUUGACGAGCUCACUAUGCUGCACUUGCGGGAGUUUGAUAAGAAGAAGCUUAUAUCCUUGGAAACAGAUAUUGUGGUGGAUCACUACAAGGAGGAGACUUUUGAGGACAUUCGGCCAGCGUCCGAUAGAUUGCCAGAGAAAGAAGCAGAAGAUUUGAUGGCCUGGAUGAGGAAUGGCUUAGCAAAUCGAGUGACCAAUAUCAAGGUUACACCACGUCUAGACACCCACCCAGCCAUGAUUACUGUGCUAGAGAUGGGGGCAGCCCGUCAUUUCCUGCGCACACAGCAGCUUGCUAAAACCAUUGAGGAGCAGGCACAGAUCUUGCAGCCCACUCUGGAGAUCAACACCGGACACCCUCUUAUUAAGAAGCUCGGCCAGCUGAAGGACACAGACCAGGAUCUGGCCAAGUUACUUCUGGAACAGAUCUAUGACAACGCAAUGAUUGCAGCUGGGCUGAACGAUGAUCCCCGACCUAUGGUAGGACGUCUCAACGAAUUGUUAACUAAAGCUUUGGACAAGCACUGAUCCAACCCCCAGUUCUGUAUCGUAUGUCAUCCGCCAAGAUCUCCACCAUCUACUGAAAGUUCUUCCUGCCCGCUGUACGGUUUAUGGAAGUUCAGACAGCCAGUAUCAGUUGUGCCCAGCCUCCGUGUUUCCUAUGGAAAAAAAUAUUGUAAAGGAACAGUCCAGUGCAUCUAUUUAUUUGUCAGGCUUCGUUCUCGUCCCAAACAUACCCCAGGGUAUGCAGUGGACACUGUAGCUUAUUGGCUGCCACCGAUUGUCACUGUGCAUGUGAUUGGCCGGGUGAAACGGAACCAUUGUUGUAAAUGCUACAAUUGUAAACAAAAAUGACCUGUUAGGAAUUUGUACAAA